CUGUCCCUAGAACCAUUCCACUCUACGUAACCCGCUGUGCUCCCGUAACCCGCUCUGUGCUCCCUUAUCCUAACCCAUUCGCUUAUGCUCACCUACGUCGCUCUCAACAGUUAAUCUAUCCGACCACUCUCUCCUCGAUUAACCAACAGCGAAUACGUUCGGAGACGACUCUUUCCGUGGAGAAAGAACAGCAGCGGGCAAACACAAACUCUCACACACCGGACCCUACAGGUGUAGCCUAAAUAACUUUCGGUGAGAAUACCAGGUUUUCUUUUCGUUUUACAUAACAAUUACCCCGUAAUUAUUUGAUUUAUGUCCAUGACAUUUGAUUAAUCCAUCCACAUUUCGGGAAAUUUACGGAAUUCUGAAAAAUGUUGCGAACAAGGAUCGCGCUUGUUCAUCAAUUCCUUUUGUAACAAUUUAGUCCACAUGUAGGCAGGCCUAUGCCACAUGAGGAUGUAUUUGAGUGUAAUUUCGAAGAUGUGACUGUAAUGUUAGUGGUGGUUUACCUGGAAUUAUUUUAACAGAAUCGUACGACAUCGUAAAUCAAAUGGAUCUUUGGGGAGUGUACCUAUUUCAUCUCGUAUUCAUUGCCCUGCAUGAGGUCCUGUCCGCAGGCAGAGACUGUCUGGUGGCGGGGGACUCAUGCUCCAGCGACGAGACCUGCAGCCCACGUCUGCGGACCCUGCGCCAGUGUGUGGCGGGCGACGGCAGCAUGAAGCUGGGCCCCGGGGCCCGGAGCCAGUGCGCCAACGCCGUCUCAGCCCUGAUUUCCAGCCCCCUGCAUGGCUGCCAGUGCAAACGGGGCAUGAAGAAGGAGAAGAACUGCCUCAGCAUCUACUGGAGUCUCCAUCAGUCUGUCAUACACGGACUCAACCUGGUAGAGAGUUACCCUUACAAAGCCGUGGAGAGAGACUACGACUCCGUUCGUCUGGCCUCCAUCACGGCUGACUCUGAGGCCAACGUGGCGACGGUGAACCGUUGCCUGGACGCAGCCAAGGCGUGUAACGUUGACGACCUGUGCCAGAAGCUCCGCACAGAGUACGUAUCUGCCUGCAUCAAACCCUUGGCCAAGUCGGGCCUCUGCAACAAGGCCAAGUGUAAUAAGGCCCUACGCCGGUUCUUUGAUCGCGUCCCUCCAGCCUACACACAUGAGCUGCUUUUCUGCCCUUGCACGGACAUGGCGUGCGCCGAGCGACGCAGGCAAACCAUUGUUCCCAGCUGCUCCUAUGAGGGCUCAGACAAACCCAGCUGCCUCAUACAGAUGAGUAUGUGCAAGGGUGACUAUGUGUGCCGGUCCCGUCUGGCUCAGUUCCAGUACGACUGCCAACCAGCCGAGUCGUCUGCCAACAGCUGCAAGCAGGGGAACUAUGGAGCCUGUCUACUUGCCUACACAGGCCUGAUAGGCAGUUCGAUAACUCCCAACUAUGUGGAUAACUCCACAUCUAGCGUGGCCCCAUGGUGCUCCUGCUCUGCCAGCGGAAACCAGAGAGUAGAGUGCUCCGACUUCCUGGAAUACUUCACCAACAACGUCUGUCUCAGGAAUGCCCUCCUGGCGUUUGGGAGCAGGACAGAUGUGAUGCCCACGUCCAGCGAAUCGAGACACCUCAGCCCAGCCACUGGCAGAGAGAGCCAUGCCAUCAACCCUCUGCCUGCUACUGUGGAGACCACACGGAACAUUCCGGAAUCAAUUAUUCCAACACAGGUCAGCGGAAACGACCGAUUGUGGAGAGAUUCUACCCUCCCGUCAGAUGGGCUCCCAAACUCUGCCCCCGCACUUGGCCUACUGCCUCCAACUUCCUUUACUGGCCUUUUGGUCCUACCUCUGGUCUUAUAUGGUCACUAAAUGAGGAAGCACUGCCAAGGACCACCCAUAAAGCAGGAGUAUUUGUUCACAAAUUCUGGAUACAUUUUUGUCUUUAGCAUAUAGGCUACUCCGUCUCCUAAACAUAUACAGCAUAGUCCUUUUCCUAUUUUUUGUGUGAGUGGUUCAGUUGCACUUGCAAGUCCCUUAGGUGUACGACUUGGAGAGACUGAUACAGAUUGGUUUCAAUCUGUAUACUUGUACAUUGUUAUCGCUUCGAGUCAAGAUGAAAGUACUUUUUAGUGGACUAACCUACCAUCCAGCUAUCCAAGCACAUCCAAGCACAGGACUAAAUUCUAAAAAUGCCAUCGGGAACUGCACGGUUAUUCUUUAAGAUCUAUAUAUAAACGGAAAGCUCACGAGAAACGGACUCUAGUGAACUGUCUUUAUUUUGUACUCAACUCCACAAACUGAUUGGAAAAGACCCUUGCGGAUAUAAGGGCUUUAUACCGCUCUCUUCGACUUGACUGAAGGAGGAACAUUGUUUCUGAUUAAUACUGGAAUGGUAGAGAUGGACAAAGGAGCUACGGCUUAUUCAUCCAUUCUGGACAAAUAAACUGACUCUGAUCAUUCCAAGUGCUGUCGGCUGCAAGAGAUGUGGAAACUUUAGAAUAUGUGGGAUAGCUCUGACCUAAUGAUUAUCAUGCACGCGGUGAAGAUUGGGCUCUUUGUCAUGCUGUCAUCGCCAGUUCAUUUGUUCUCGCUAAUGCUUAGCUAAGUGUUCAUUAUAAAACACUUUCUUCUCCUAGAACUUUGUUAAAAUUAAGUUAUGAGCAAACAUGUUCUCUGUGUACAGUACCAUUGUUUUGUGUUUGUGUGGAAGGACUGCCUUCUUUUCCUCAUUGUGUAAAUGGACAUUUCUCAAAGGGUAUCUGAAUUAGUAUGCCAUAUAGGAACAAGGGCUUGUGUCUCAACAUUUUGGGUAAUAUUGAACCCUUUUCCCACUACCGAGCCUAGCCAAGACAGGCCAAAAUGUACUGUGCUAGGGUAGGGUAGCCUAGUGGUUAGAGCGUUGAACUAGUUGCAAGUUCAAAUCCCCGAGCUGACAAGGUACAAAUCUGUCGUUCUGCACCUGAACAGGCAGUUAACCCACUGUUCCUAGGCCGUCAUUGAAAAUAAGAAUUUGUUCUUAACUGACUUGCCUAGUUAAAUAAAGGUAGAAUAAAAAAUAUAAAAAAUACACAAUAAAAUAAAAUAUCAGAGACAAUAGCAGAAUACAGUACAGUUUGUACAGUAGAAAGCGUAUAUGUGACCUGUGGUAAGAUGGUCAUGAAUGAUGCGAUGUUCAAUGGGGGAAGACAAUGGGUUUCUGACGACAUGGAUAAUAUAGAGUUGGCUGGGUUUACUGUGCAUUGGCAGGACAGAUAAGCUACUUCUGGUAAGACGAGGGGUGGGGGUGUGUGUAUAUGUCAAUAACAGCUGGUGGGCAAUGUCUAAUAUUAAAGAAGUCUUGAGGUGGAGUACCUCAUGAUAAGCUGUAGACCACACUGUAGACCACACUAUCUACCAAGAGAGUUCUUAUCUAUAGUAUUCGUAGUCAUGUAUUUACCACCACACACCGAUGCUGGCACUAAGACUGCACUCCACGAGCUAUAAGCCAACAAGAAAAAUCUCAUCCAGAAGUGACGCUCCUAGUGGCCGUGGACUUUAAUGCAGGCAAACUUAAAUAAUGUUUUACCUCAAAUCUAGACAACCUUUACUUCACACACAGAGACACAUACAAAGCUCUCCCUCGCCCUCCAUUUGGCAAAUCUGACUAUAAUUUGAUCCUCCUGAUUCCUGCUUACAAGCAAAAACGAAAUCAGGAAGUACCAGUGACUCGCUCAAUACAGAAGUGGUCAGAUGACACGGAUACUACGCUACAGGACUAUUUUGCUAGCACACACUGGAAUAUGUUCAGCCGAUGUGUGCAAGACCUUUAAACAGGUCAACAUUCACAAAGCCACGUGGCUGGAUGGAUUACCAGGACGUGUACUCAUAUCGGUAGCCAUGAAGUGCUUUGA